GCUCCUCAGUCGGUCAGUCGCAGCUCAAGAGCGCACAGCGAGCAAGCAAGCAAGUGGGACAAAUGGAAUAUUUCACAGGACUCCGAUCACUUUUAAUAUUCACCUAUGUGCUCUUCAAUGGAAUCCUCGUCACCUUGCAAAGCAAAGAAGAGGUGCUUUUGGACAUGAAGGCCACUGGUGGCGAGCUGGGCUGGUUGACAUGGCCUUUCGAGCAGGGGGACAAACCCGGGUGGGAGGUGGUCCAACGGACUCUGAACGGCUCUCAGUUUUACACCUACUCGGUUUGCAACGUCGGCGAACGUGAACAAGACAACUGGCUGCGCACUACCUUUAUUCAGCGGCGACCAUCAGCCUCACGGGUCUUUGUGGAGCUGCAGUUCAUUGUACGUGACUGCAACUCUUUCGGCGGCGUGUCGAUGACCUGUAAGGAAACCUUCAACCUUUUCACUUCCGAGUCGGAUGUCGACGUAGGCACCACCUUCCGCAAGGGUCAGUUCAAGAAAGUGGCCACUAUCGCUCCUGAUGAAAUCACCAGCAAGAACGAACUGCGUAUUAACACCGAGACUCGGGUGGUGGAGAACCUUUCCCGGAAAGGCUUCUACUUGGCUUUUCAAGAUAUCGGUGCCUGUGUGGCUCUUCUGUCGGUCAGGGUUUACUACAAAACCUGUCCCGCCACAGUAAUGAGCCUGGCAGCCUUCCCUGAAACUGUGGCUGGGGGCGAGAACCAGGCUCUGAGGGAAGUGAGCGGCAUAUGCGUGGAUAACGCCGUCAGUGAAGAGAUGCCUCGCGUGUACUGCACCGUGGAUGGAGAAUGGGUGGUGCCAGUCGGGCACUGCAAGUGCAAGGAGGGCUAUGAAAAAGUCAAAGACGUGUGUCAAGAAUGUCAACCAGGCUUCUUCAAAGCGGAAGCUUCCGGUGAGAAGUGUCAGCCAUGUCCUGCCAACACCCAGGAGUCGGGCUCCGGGGCUUUGUUCUGUUCCUGUAUGGACAGCUUCUAUCGGGCCCCCGGCGACCCCUCAACUGGACCCUGCUCAGGAUUACCCUCCGCUCCCAAAGACCUCACGGCAACCACCACACAAUUAUCCCCUGGAAAACUCCUCCUCUCCUGGAGUCCUCCAGAUGACAGCGGAGGUCGGACAGACUUGACGUACAGCGUGGAAUGCCAGCGCUGCGAGGGCUCUUCCUGCCAGCCCUGCGGUGACAAAAUCCACUAUGAUCCAUCCAGCGUCGGCCUGACCGACACCAGGGUGUCAGUGAGCGAGCUGGAUGCUCACCUCAACUAUACCUUCACUGUGGAGGCUCACAGUGGCGUGUCAAUGUUCGCCAAUCAGGCAAUGCCAUCCUCAAGUGCUUUGACUACAUCCUUGCACUACACAGAUCCACCAAAGAUCACUUCUAUUCGAAUGGUGGAGAGAACGGCCACCAAAUUGUCAAUCUCGUGGGAUGUGUCCCCACGGCCACGUUUCCAACCACGACCGUUCCGCUACGAACUUACCUAUCGCAAAAAGGAUGACAACCUAGAUGUCACCUCCUACACGGUGCUAAUCCUGGAGAAGAAUUCCGUUCAGAUCAAUGAUCUGGCCCCUGGCACAGCCUACCUGUUCAGGGUGCAGGCCCUCAGCAGCGAUGGUAGUUCUGGAGGCUCCAGUGUGGAGGAACAGUUUGAAACCUCAUCUGCAGAACCUCUGACUCAAAGCAACCCCGCGCUCAUUUUCGGCGUGCCAGUCGCUUGCGCAGCAGUGUUGUUCAUAGUCGUCGUGGUCGUCUUCCUACGCAGGCGGAAAAGAAAUUCUCACACCAGACAAGGACCAGAAGAUGCCUACUUCUCCAGCUCAGAGCAACUAAAGCCCUUGAAGACCUACGUGGACCCGCACACGUACGAGGAUCCCAACACAGCUGUCCUGAAGUUUGCCACCGAAAUCCACCCCAGUCACAUCAGCAAACAGAAAGUGAUUGGAGCUGGAGAAUUUGGUGAAGUGUAUCGUGGUAUUUUGAAAGCGCCAGGCAGGAAAGAAGUGGCCGUGGCUGUCAAAACGCUGAAGCCGGGCUACUCCGAGAAGCAGAGGCAGGACUUUCUGGGCGAGGCCUCCAUCAUGGGCCAGUUCUCCCACCAGAACAUCAUCCGCCUGGAGGGGGUGGUCACCAAAUUCAAACAUGCCAUGAUUGUGACAGAAUACAUGGAGAACGGAGCACUGGACAGGUACCUCAGGGACCGCGACGGGGAGAUUUCCUCCUUCCAGCUGGUGGGCAUGCUGCGUGGCAUCGCUGCAGGCAUGAAGUACCUCUCUGAUAUGAGCUACGUCCACCGUGACCUGGCCGCUAGGAACAUUCUGGUCAACACCACUCUCGAAUGUAAAGUGUCUGACUUUGGAUUAUCGCGAGUAUUGGAAGAUGAUCCAGAGGGGACUUACACCACAAGUGGAGGAAAGAUCCCUAUUCGCUGGACAGCUCCGGAGGCAAUCGCGUACAGGAAGUUCACAUCAGCGAGCGACGUAUGGAGUUUUGGCAUCGUCAUGUGGGAGGUGAUGGCGUUUGGCGAAAGGCCUUACUGGGACAUGAGUAAUCACGAGGUGAUGAAGGCUAUCAACGAGGCUUUCAGGCUGCCGGCACCCAUGGAUUGCCCCUCAGCUGUUUACCAGCUCAUGCUCCAGUGCUGGCUCCAGGACCGUUCUAAGAGACCGCGUUUCGGGGACAUUGUCAGCCUGCUGGACAAACUUCUGCGGAGUCCAGAAUCACUCAAGGCCAUUGCUGACUUUGACCCACGUGUAUCCAUCCGUCUUCCCAGCUUCAGCGGCUCAGACGGCUCGCCAUUCAGAUCGGUGUCCGAGUGGCUGGAGUCCAUAAAGAUGAGCCAGUACAGCGACAACUUCAGCUGCGCCGGCAUCGUCAGCAUGGACCAGGUCAUGCAGAUGAAAAACGAGGACAUUAAGAACAUCGGAGUCAGGCUUCCUGGACAUUUGAAAAGAAUUGCCUACAGCAUUUUGGGCUUAAAGGACCAGACCAGCACCUUGAGCGUGUUCGCUGUGUGA